GCUUCAUAUGCUGUUUACCUUAACACGUGCGGGAGUUUUUGUUUAUAUUUUUACUCGUGGUUUUCGCUUAAAACCAGCCGUAAAAUGAAGUUUUCUUAUAAAUUUUCCAACCUGUUGGGCACAAUAUAUCGCAAUGGAAACUUGGUCUUCACUCCAGAUGGAAAUUCAGUUAUCAGUCCGGUUGGCAAUAGGAUUACGGUUUACGAUUUAAAAAACAACAAAUCUCGAACCCUGUCCCUGGAAUCGAGAUAUAACUACACGAAUCUAGCUCUUUCCCCAGAUGGAAGUCUGCUCAUUGCGGUCAACGAAAAAGGAGAGGCACAGCUUAUCAGCAUGAUGUCCUGCACAGUGAUACAUCGGCACAAGUUCCAAACGGGCGUCCAGUGCAUCUGCUUUAGUCCCAAUGGAGCAUUUUUCGCCGUGGCUGUCCAGAACAUAGUGCUAAUAUUCUGUGCCCCGGGUGAGAUCACUGGAGAAUACAAUCCAUUCGUGCUGCGGCGGAGAUUCCUAGGCGGCUACGACGACGUCACAUGGCUGGACUGGUCCUCGGACUCUCGGCUCUUGGCUAUUGGUUGUCGGGAUAGCUCCACCAAAAUCUGCGCCAUUAACUAUACGAAGAACUUCCGCACCUACAACCUGAGUGGCCACACGGAUGCCAUUGUGGCAUGUUUCUUUGAGGCGAACAGUUUGCAUUUAAACACCAUAAGUCGCAAUGGUCAGCUAUGUUUGUGGGAAUGCAGCAUGGCUCCUUCCGAUUUGGAGGAUGCGGAGAGGCCGGCAAGUGAUCUUUCUCAAAGAAAAAGGGUCAAAAAGGCCGAUUCCGAAAAUGAGUCCGAAGAUGACGUUGAAAAUGUGGUCGAAAAGGAAGUUGUUAAGGAGGAGUCUUCAAAAAUAGGCGAUGAUGUUAACGAGCUAAAGGAUGAGGCAGAAAAGAAGGAACAUCCCUUCUUCUACAAGAAACUAACCCGCCAUUAUUUAGCCGAUGAGCCGCGCAAGGAGCAGCGAGAUGUGCAGCUGACGGCAGCUAACUACAACACUCGCACCAAGGUUCUGGUGGUCGCCUUUAGUUCCGGAGCCUUCUACCUUUACGAACUGCCCGACGUUAACAUGAUCCACUCGCUGAGCAUCUCUGACUAUCCAAUUUCGGCGGCCCUCUUCAACUGCACCGGUGACUGGGUGGCGUUGGCUUCCCGGGAGAUUGGCCAGCUUCUGGUGUGGGAGUGGCAGAGCGAACAGUACAUUAUGAAGCAGCAGGGGCACAGCAGUGAGAUGACGUGUAUUGCCUACUCCUCGGAUGGUCAAUUCAUUGCCACCGGUGGCGAGGACUCUAAGGUGAAGUUGUGGAACACGCAGAGCAGCUUUUGUUUUGUCACUUUCAGCGAGCACACAAGUGGAGUGACUGGCAUUCAGUUUAGCAGGAACAAGAAGUUUCUGGUUAGCAGCUCUCUAGAUGGCACAGUGCGCGCAUUUGAUGUGAACAGGUACCGCAACUUUAGGACCUUCACAUCACCGAGUCCUGCUCAGUUUUCCUGCGUGGCUGUUGAUUACUCAGGCGAACUGGUUGUAGCUGGUGGGCAGGACGUAUUCGACAUAUUUCUCUGGUCAGUUAAGACGGGCAAGUUGCUGGAGAUCAUCAGUGGCCAUGAGGGUCCUGUUGUUUCCCUGGCAUUCUCCCCAGUGGCCACAUCAUCCACUUUGGUGUCUGGUUCUUGGGACAAAACCGUUAAGAUCUGGAACUGUCUGGAAAGCAACAGCGAGCACGAAACUAUCGAUGCAGUCUCAGAUGUAACAAAUGUGACUUUCAGUCCCAGUGGUGAGGAGAUUGCCGUAGCCACUCUGAGUGGUAAUAUAACCAUUUUUGACAUCAAAUCAGCGGGCCAAGUGACUAGCAUAGAGGGUCGCAAUGAUCUUAGCGGGGGACGCCUGGAAACCGAUAUAAUAACAGCGAAAAAGAAUGCGCAAGCCAAUUAUUUUUCCACUAUAGAGUAUUCUGCGGAUGGAGAGUGCAUACUGGCUGCCGGCAAGUCGGCCAACAUCUGUAUAUAUCAUGUCAGGGAGGCUAUACUUCUGAAGAAAUUCGAAAUCACACAGAACCACAGCUUGGACGGUCUUAAUGACUUCAUUAGUCGUAAACAUUUAAGUGAGUUUGGUAACAUGGCACUGGUGGAAGACCGUGAAGAGCUGGAGGGUGGGAAAGUGGCCAUUAGAUUGCCUGGAGUUCGCAGUGGUGACAUGUCCUCCAGACGAUUUCAGCAGGAGGUUAGAGUGUUCUCCGUCAAGUUCUCACCCACGGGUCAGGCAUUUGCUGCUGCAGGAACGGAGGGACUCUGUAUAUAUGCUUUAGAUAAGGGCGUUGUCUUCGAUCCAUUUGACCUAUCGCUGGAAGUCACACCGAAAGCGGUUCACGAAUCCCUGAAAAAGCAGAAUUACACCAAGGCGCUGGUCAUGUCCCUGAAGCUAAACGAGCCCAAUUUGAUUGCCCUAGUGCUAGAGAGAGUGCCGUAUAAGGACAUCGAACUUGUUUGUGCGGAUCUGUCGCAGGAGUUUGCCCAGCGACUGCUGCAACAAUUGGCCCGCCAUCUCCAGUCCACGCCGCACAUCGAGUUCUAUUUGCAGUGGAGCUGCUGCCUGCUGACCAAACACGGAAACCAGGAUGGAGUUUUUCAGCACACGGGAUUGCUGGCCCUUCACGAGGUUCUUUCCAGGAAGUACGAAAUGCUCAAUAAAAUCUGCGACUAUAACAAGUAUACGUUGAGAGUACUUUUAGACAGAGCUGAUAAAUUUGAGAAGGAAAAUGAGGACAAAACAAAUGCCAAGGAGGAUGACAGUGAUGAAGAAAUGCUACUGAUCAGGGCAAAGAAUGACGAGGAUGGGCAGUCGCAAUUCAGCGAUGAGGAAGAGAGUGCCAGUGAAUCAGAAGAAGACGUUUAGGAGUUGUAUAUCCAACGUUUUAUCACUCCUGUUACCAAAACCAAUCAUUAGUUUGUUUGAUAGAUUUACGCGCCUUGUCUUUUAUUAAGAAUAAAUUUAAAGCUUUUCGAUAACAUUA